UCUCGCCCUAGAUUCUUCCUUUCUUUUUAUUUAUUCAUCCAAACUCACAAUCAUUUCUUCUUCUUCGUCCCUACACAGAGAACUUCACACCCUUGAAAGUACACCAAAUCGUCGAGCAUCAUGUUCUACAAUCCUGGACGUCCACUCAUAGUGAUGCUUGCUAGUGCUGCCACUGCAAGUGCACUUAUGAUUCCCAAUGGAAACAUGCGAGGCCUCGCCAAUAAUUCGCUCUUGGUAAACCCAACUUACAAGAACGUCAUCUAUUUUGGCGAUUGGUAAGAAAACGCACUUUGGAGCAUGACAAUUCGGAACGUUAACAAUAUACAGGAAGACUUAUGACCACGGGAAUGGAAAGUCACGCCCUAGCAUGCUACCCGCUGAGGACUUGAGCCAUGUUCUCUACUCAUUUGCCAGUACCUAUCCUAAUGGAACUGUGUAAGUCUAGUUUUUUUGCCUAAUGUGCCAUGACUGAUCGCAACAGGUUCAUCCCAGAUCUUGAAGCUGCCAUAAGAAUGUCCCUCGACGGUGUAACAGAUAAGGCGCCCGCAGACAUCGCACGUGGUUCCAUUUUGGACUUGAUGAUUCUGAAACAAAAGAAUCGAGGACUCAAGACACUGCUCAGCAUCGGUGGAUGGACGUUCGCUCACGAGAAUAAAGUCUUCGACGUCCCUGCACACUCGGCGGAGGGACGAGCGGAAUUUGCGAUUUCUACAGUAGAGCUUGUCAAGGAUCUCGGGUUCGAUGGCAUUGAUAUUGAUUGGGAAUAUCCUCAGAACGAAGAGCAGGCCAAGGAUUUCGUUCUCCUCUUGAAGGAAGUUCGUGUUGCAUUGGAUGCGUAUGCAGAGAAGUCGGCCCUGGGCUACCACUUCCUCAUCACCAUUGCUUGCCCAGCAGGAGCCACCGAGUAUGGUAUCAUGCACUUGAAAGAGAUGGACCAGUACCUUGACUCCUGGCACCUGAUGGGCUAUGACUAUUCGGGGGCGUGGUCUCCCGUUACGAGCCAUGGCUCGAAUGUAUACAAGGACAAAGUACACGCGGAUAACACGCAGUACUCCACGCACGAUGCUGUCCAAGCCUAUAUUGCAGCAGGAGUUCCUGCCCAGAAAAUCGUCAUGGGCAUGCCACUCUAUGGAAGAACUUUCCAACAGACUGAUGGCCUUGGUAGCAAGCACGGCGGUGUGAGCGACGCAGCUGACUAUCGCGACCUUCCUAAGCCUGGAGCAGUCGAGCACUUCGACCCCGAUACCGUUGCCACUUACAGCUACAAUGAAGCCACACGGGAAUUGACGACGUAUCAGGGCAAGGACGAGACCAGAGUCAAGGCAGAAUACCUCAAGACGAACGAGCUUGGUGGAGCCAUGUUCUGGCAAGCAUUCCAGGACAAACAAGGGGACGAUAGUUUAGUUCAUACCGUCCGCAAGAGUAUGGGGUCGUUGGAAGACUCGAGGAAUCUGCUACACUACCCGGAAAGUCAAUACUCGAACAUCAAGAAUGUUCAGCCAGUGCAGGAGAGUGUGCAACAGACAGAAAGCGGGCAGAGACAGGAGCAUUUGAAUGCUGCUGGUAGUGCGCUUGCAGUAAUCGGACAUUGGCUUGGCCUAUGGUGAUCUUCUAGAUCAAGGUCGGUCUGUGAUUGAGGCGUUAGGAGGAGCAUAGCGAUGGCGCUGCGGUGUUUGCGUUGGUGUAAGGUUUACGUUUUUGCUUGCGUUUUUGUUUUUGCUUGAAUUUGUAUUUGGAGGAUCCCUGCUUUUGGAUUACCUGCAUCUUCGUAUUGAGGGACAUUGGGAUCUCCAGUGGCACAUCACGAUCUUGUAUUGUAGAGUGAAAAGUAAUACUCGUACAUCUGCAACGCCCGUAUGGGUGAAUUGCGUGUAUAAUAUCUGGAAAUCGAUUGGAAGAUAUAUUUUAUGCCGACACG